AUGCCCGUCCGCCCCUCUCACACAUCCUCUGUCCAGUACAUUUUUCAGGGUAACGGGGUGUUGGCAACUUGGUGGCGCCGUUGUUCUUCCGAAAUGAGGAUCCGGGGCUCGCUGGUGCUGCUAAUGCAUGUCCUGCUCUGCCUGGUAAGCGGCGCCUACUCUGGCCGCACGAGCUCUUACGUGCGUAAUGAGUUUCCAUCCGACGGCAUUCCUCUAGAGCACGAGUCUCUUGCGGUUCCGAAAGGCCAUAACGCUCCACAACAGGUUCAUAUCACUCAAGGUGACUAUGACGGGAAAGCCGUCAUAAUCUCGUGGGUUACGGCGUUGGAACCCACAACGAGUGAGGUGUUUUACGGUGAACAGGAGAAACACUAUGAUCGGAAAGCCAAAGGGAGGAUGACGAAUUAUACAUUCUACGACUAUCGAUCUGGAUACAUACAUCACUGCCUUGUUGAUAGCCUUGAGUAUAACACGAAGUAUUACUACAAGAUUGGAACAGGAGAUUCAGCUCGAGAAUUUUGGUUUCAAACACCUCCAGCAAUUGAUCCAGAUGCACCCUACACAUUUGGCAUCAUAGGUGAUCUGGGGCAAACAUUUAAUUCACUCUCAACUCUUCAACAUUAUGUGAAAAGUGGAGGACAAAGUGUUUUAUAUGUUGGGGACUUGUCUUAUGCUGAUAAAUAUGAAGACAAUGAUGGCGGUCGGUGGGAUUCUUGGGGUCGACUUGUUGAACGUAGCACUGCAUAUCAACCAUGGAUGUGGAACUCUGGGAAUCAUGAGAUAGAAUACAUGCCUGAUCUGGGAGAAACUUCUACAUUUAAGCCAUAUCUGCAUAGAUAUGCAACACCAUAUUUGGCAUCAAAGAGCAGCUCCCCAAUGUGGUAUGCAGUCAGGCGUGCAUCGGCUCAUAUUAUCGUGCUCUCUAGCUAUUCCCCAUUCGUAAAAUUCACUCCUCAAUACAAGUGGCUGAAGAAGGAACUGAAGCGCGUGGACCGGGAGGAGACACCUUGGCUUAUUGUUCUCAUGCACGUUCCCAUGUACAGCAGCAACGAUGCACAUUAUAUGGAGGGCGAGAGCAUGAGGGUUGCUUUCGAGGAAUGGUUCAUCAAGUACGAUGUGGACCUGGUAUUCGCGGGCCAUGUCCAUGCUUACGAGAGAUCGCACCGUGUAUCCAAUGUGGACUACAAGGUGACAUCGGGGAGUCGAUACCCGGUGCCAGAUGAAUCCGCUCCCGUGUACAUAACAGUUGGCGAUGGAGGCAACACAGAAGGACUCGCUUCGAGGUUCAACGACCCGCAAACGGACUACUCCGCGUUCAGGGAGGCCAGUUAUGGGCACUCGACCCUGCAGCUGAAGAACAGGACGCACGCCGUCUAUCAGUGGCAUAGGAACGAUGAUGGGAAGCAUGUGCUGGCGGACAAAGUGGUGUUCCACAACCAACUAGAAGAACGCCCGUGCGUUGCAACGGGGCCACAUUAA